GUGCCUUUAAUGUUUUGCUGACGUCACAUGAGUCCGGACAACUUGUUUACAUGCGCACGCGGAAGCAGCUCCUGGUGCUUGUGGCGUCACAGCCGGAAGAAAAGAAUAUGGAAAGCAGCAGAAACAAGAAGAAGAACAGUUCGGAGGACUGCGUCAUUUGCCUGGACCAGAUUCAGGACGAGAAGACGCUGCCGUGCCGUCACUCGUUCUGCACUCGUUGCAUCGACCAAGUCUUCAGGGUGAAGCCCGCGUGUCCGAUCUGCAACACCUAUCACGGCGCGUACACGGGGACCCAGCCGAGGGGCACGAUGGCGGUGACGCGCGGCUCGCAGCGGCUGCCCGGCUACGAGCACUGCGGCUGCAUCAUCAUUCAGUACACUUUCCCUGGGGGGAUCCAAGGGCCUGAGCACCCAAAUCCUGGGGUGAGCUACAGCGGCACCUUCCGUGAAGCCUACCUGCCGGCCUGCAGCGAGGGGGAGGAGGUGGUGAGGCUGCUGAGGAAAGCGUUCGACCGGAGACUCAUCUUCACCAUCGGACAAUCCGCCACCACGGGCUGCAACAACGUCAUCACCUGGAACGACAUUCACCACAAGACCAGCAAGUCAGGCGGCCCACAAUGGUAUAACACCUCAGUGCUGUAGAAGAACCACGCCUUUCACCUGCGGGUGUCCUGUUGGCUGUAACACAGGUUUUGGAUAUCCAGACCCAGCCUAUCUGUUCAGGGUUCGAGAGGAGCUUCGUCUUCAAGGAGUGACAGAGGAUAACUAAUGAAUGGAGACGUUAAUUGUUCACCUAGAUAUAUUAUUGCGGCGUAUUAUGACAAGUGUGCACUUUUACAUUCCUCCACAGGGAUCUUGAUCAGCGACACUUUAAGGACGUUAUCUUCUGCAAGUUGUUUGAAUUGAGUUAAUGGAUGUGAGACAUGGAGGAUCACGGCUUUCCCCAAAGAUUUUAAAUGUUCCUUUCGACUAACUAUGCAAAAAUGACUUUAAGCACAGCCUGUACAAGUACUUACACUAGACAAGGUUAUAGAGUACUAGGUCAGGGACUAUCCUGCUCAUCAUCAGACGAAUGUUCUUAUUUGCUAUUUUCACAAUUUCACACAAAAGCACAGACUCUGUGCCUUGUAUUUUCAAAAUAAUCUUUCCUUUAUAUCGGUUUGAGUAUAAUUUGCUUAGUUAUUGUUAUUGUUUUUAUAGGUAUUUUCUAUGACAAUGUUUAUCUGUGACACAUUUGUUUAAAAACAUUUUCAAUUGGAAUUAAAGUGUUUAAGUCUUA